GCACACGGCUCCUGCACUGGCCAAGAGGACGUCCGGAGGGAGGAUCAGGUUAAGGCAGUGCUUAGGCAGAUGCACGAGGGCUUUGAGAUGAGGACAUACGCUGCUCCUGCUUUUACCCGGUUCCGAAAAUUUCUUGGCAUGGUGGAUGUCGAUUACCAACAGUCACUGACUUGUGACAGCUCAUACUUGCAGUUCAUCAGCAACUCCAAAAGCACGGCUGACUUCUUCCUCAGCAAUGAUAAGCGCUUCUUCCUGAAGACUCAGAGUAAGCAAGAAAUCCAGUUCCUUCUCACAAACCUCCUCAAGUAUCUUGAGCACAUGGAGAGAUACCCUCAUUCCAUCCUUGUCAAAUUCCUGGGUGUUCACAGUAUUGUCGUCCCUCGGGAAAAGAAGAGAUACUUCAUCAUCAUGCAGAGUAUCUUCUACCCUCACGAUAAGAUUGUCGAGCGGUAUGAUAUUAAAGGGUGUGAUGUGGGCCGCUGGACAGAUCCGGCCCCGAAGGGCAGCGAAAUCAUUGUGGUUUUUAAGGAUCAAAACUUUGCUGAUAAGACCAUCUGCCUUGGUCCACAGCGUGCCUGGAUGCUGACUCAGAUGGAGCUGGACACACAAUUCCUGAAGGAUUUGGGCGUGAUAGACUACAGCCUUCUGGUGGGCUUGCAGCCCCUUCAUGAGGAUGAGAGGCUCCUGAGCCACGCACUUGCCAACAUCAUUGCCAACAGCAUGUCGAUUGACACUGACAGUGAUCACCAUAACCAGAAUGUGGGGGCUGCCUUGCAGGAGUCUCACAUGUCUCAUGGCUAUACUUCUAGUGUGGACCAGUUCUACAAGCUCUCUCCCGAAAGCAGGUACACCAUCCAGAACAUGCUGGCACUGUACCUGAAGAGGAAAGUGAACUCAGACAAGGAGGCAGAGACUUCUAGGGGAAGUGAGACCUUCAUGCGGGAAGUCUUGGCUCCUUACAUGCUCCACGGGAUCAGCUUCGACCCGACCGCCCAGUCUUCUCUUGCAACAGAGGACGAUGGGCAUUCCUCCACCUUCAGCCAUCUGGCGGAGUCGCUCUUCCACCUGGCCCAGAACAGGCGGUUCCUUCCCAACACGCGGAAUGCAUUGCACGUGAUUGAUGGGCCUGACUAUCGCUAUUACAUAGGUAUCGUUGACCUGUUCACGGUCUACAACUUCCGCAAGAAGAUGGAGCAUUUCUGGAAGACCCUUCGGUUCCGGGAUAAAAGUUUCUCCACAGUUGGCCCCGUCUAUUAUGCCAGGAGGCUUUGCAAAUGGGUGCAAGACCAUACCGCAUGAACGCAGGGAGGGGAGCAGUUGCAGGAGGGUUGAGGGAAACACCCCCCGAGUGUCCCCAGAGUCUUGUCCCCUACAUGCCUUGCAGAGAAAACAACAAGUACACAAGAACAAGCUUUGAAGUGACUGCUCCGGGGAGUUGAAGUCAUUGUGGGAACUUUUUGGUGUCCAGGGACGGGGACAGCAUCUGCAGGAAACUGAAAUUCCCCUGUAUCCUGGUAGCUGGGUUAUGCCAUAGGGCCAGA